AUGUGUGCAGUGGCCUCUCUUCUCUUCUUCCUCCUCCUCCUCUUGCUGCUGUUGUCGCGGUUGUCGCGACGAGGGUCGGCGCGGCUGGAUCCGGCGGGCCGGGCCGUGCUCAUCACCGGCUGCGACAGCGGCUUCGGGCACCUGCUGGCGCUGCGGCUCCACCGUCUCGGCUUCACCGUCUUCGCCGGCUGCCUCUGCCCCGGCGGGGAUGGGGGACGGCGGCUGCAGCGGGAGGCGGCCACCGGCCCCGGCCAUCUGCGAGUCCUGCGGCUGGAUGUCACCUGUCCCCGCGACGUGCUGGCCGCCAAGGAGCUGGUGCUGCGACACCUGCCCCAGCCAGGCUUCUGGGGGCUUGUCAACAACGCUGGAAUAUCAACGUUUGGUGAGACAGGAUGGCUGUCUAUGGAGAAAUAUGAAAAAAUUGCAGAUGUGAAUCUCCUUGGGAGCAUCAGGACAACCCUGGCAUUUCUCCCCCUUCUAAGGAAAUACAAGGGACGUAUUGUUUUCAUGUCCAGCGUUAUUGCCUAUUUUACUCUGGGAAAUGGCAUUUAUUCUAUGACCAAGGCAGCUAUUGAAAAAUUUUGUGAUGCUCUCCGACUGGAAAUGAAGAAGUUUGGUGUCCAGGUCUGCAUUAUUCAGCCAGGAAAUUAUGCACGCUCUACAAGAAUUCAGCCACCUCUCAGUGCCGAAGAGAUCUGGAAUGAACUCAGUGAAGAGGAAAAGGAGGUUUACAACAAGGAGUACGUUCAAGAGCGGGCAAACUUUUUCAACAGCAUUCUCAGCGAAGGGAGUGCGAAUGGCAAUGAGGUUGUAGAUGCCAUGGUAGAUGCUUUAAUGUCUCCUGCACCCAAGGCACGUUACAUGGUAGCAAAGCUGAAGGAGAAAGCACUGGUGUUUGUGUGCACUUUAUUCCCAACUGUUGUGAUGGAUUCAGUUCUGUCUUAUGCCCUGAGUAAAGUAAAACUUGCCUAA